GCAUUCAUCACUUUAAAAACCUCAUAUCGUCAUUGCAAGGUCUGCUCUUGGCAGGGCUUCGUUGCAAAAUAUUUAUUUUCGGGCCUGCAGAAUACUCAGAGAUGGUAAUGCCCGAUGGCCGCCGCGCGACUCAUCGACGUGGACGACGACAAUUUAUCCAUCCCUGACGACCGCGACUUCGACCAGGAAUCCCUCUCCGAACUGGAAUUGCAUGACCUCUCGCAGACAAGCGGAUAUACAGAAGGAGCCUUCGCACAGAGCUCCCGCGCUGCGCAAGUAGCAAAAGCGCUCGAAAUCGCAGAGGAGCGAAGUCUGCCGCCAAGUGCUCCUGGUAGCCCCCUGCCUUGGGACCACACAGCAGUAUCAAGCGGCGCGGGCGAGGCGUCGUCGGUUGCUCCAGACUCCAACGCCGCUCCACCGUGCUACACGGCAGCAAUCGCCUCUGACGGUGCUCAGAGGGCCGCGGAAUCCAGCUGGACGGAAACGAUGCCGCAGUCGAUGAGCGACACCGGUCUCCUGUCCCAAGACCGCGUGGAGCGUGGAGAUAUCUAUGGCUCUCCGGAACGAGAUCUAGUGAAGGAGCUACGAGUUGUGGCCGGCCAGCUGUGGCGGAUAUUCACCGAGUACGUUAGAACCGUGCAGAAAACCAGGGGCCGCAAAUUGGGACUCACCAAGCGAGCCAUUCGAUUCAUCGCUGCUGCCCUGGUCGUCGUCAUCGUGCUCUCCGUCUCCCUCCCGUUCAUCAUUCCCGCCAUCAUCAGACACCAGGAAUACUUGGAAUGGGAACGGGAGUCGCACCCCUUCCGGGACCAACCCGCCUACAAGCGUGAUAAUCACAAAGACCAUCCGAGUACAGAGCAGUGCAAAUUCGAUGUCUUCAGCAAGCACGAGGAGUACACCGGCGACACCGGGUAUAGCUGGGGUUACCGCUAUCGCGAAGAGCACGAGGGGGAACCCAUCAAUUUCAACCUCUUUGACGAAAUCGACACGGGCCUUGCGGCCGAAUUCACCGAGCCUCAGAUCUCUGGCACAGUGGAGAUCAUCUCCAUACCAUACCGCAAUCCAUGGUCAACCCCAGAGAUCACCGUCCGAAGUAAUGUGGCGACAAACAAACCUUGGCAGAUCGAAGAGUACGAGAUCGCUGUGGGCAUGAACACCUUCAAGUUGCGGAGUCCCCGUCUGAGGAAAGGCAGUACGUCCCAGCCUGGAGCGACUGAACGCUCCUGUCUGAGUGUCUGGGUAGGAGUUUACGUACCGGUUGGAUUUGAGGUUGGCAAUUGGACGACGUUGCUCCGAUCAUUGAGUUUCGCCGAUCACAGAAACUACGUUUUCAAUCCGGACGAAGGCAUCCCAGACGCACAACAGGUCACGAGUGGCCCUAUAAAGGUAGGAAACAGCACAGUCAUCAAGUCGAAUCAAGGCUCGAUCGAACUCAGCUACUGGAACUCCCCUAAAACCACCUUGGAAACUCGAAGAGGCGCUAUCCGCGGCAGAUACACCUUCUACGACUCGCUCAGCGUCAAGACGUUGGGCGGCACGGUCGAUAUCGAGGUCGAUCCGCUCGGUGGAGCGAUGUCUCGAGACGGUUCCCACCCGCUUCACCUCACUACAUCGACCGGCAGCGGCAAUACCAACGUCACUGUGCUCCAUCCUUCGGCACAGGAUUGGACGCCGCACUUUAUGGAGUCCACGCAUCGCACUACCUCUGGCUCGAUGCAGCUGCAAUAUCCCUCUGCGUGGGAAGGCACUAUCGACGGCGUCAGCAUGUCCAACCAUGCCGAGGUGAAAGGCAGGGAUGUGCAAAGGAAUGAUAAAGCACUCGCCGCCCCCGGCGAGAUACAUAUGAUAAAAGGGAGGGCGUCUGACUGGGCGGGCACUUUAGGGCGGAUAGAUCUAGAGUCGGAGACUGGGAGCAUCGAUCUGGUCAUUGGGAAAGUAUGAUGAAGGAAAUGAUGCGAGUCUUGUUCUCCAACGCACCGUCUCCUCCCCCUAUGUACAGUAUAGAGUGAAUUGAUACUACAUCACGUGGCUUCGUGCCAGAGCUAUUCCGAAUCCGGCUACCAGGCUGUCAAAGGAUUCCCGCAGACGACCCAUCGAGGCGGAGUUGAUCCACUUCGUCAUUCCGCCUACAACUGCGCUUCGUCU